AUUUGCAGGAGACUGAUGGUGGUUCAAUUUGUAGCAUAUCGGACUAUAUUUGCAUAUGACAUUUUUACCGCCACAUGAAGCGCGCUUCGACGCGGAUGACAACCCCGUCCACGACACGGACGCACGGACGCGCACCCCUCGUUACGCAUUGCAUGGAUCGGGAAUCCAUCCCAGCCUAUCAGGUCAUGGCCACGAAUCCCAAACGAUCGAUACGAGCCAUUGUUCUGUGCGGAUUGGUCCAUGCCGAGAUCGUGGCGCCACGAUGCGGCAAAGUACAAGGCCAAAGCCAAAUCAGGAUGGUCACCGAUUGUGGCCACAGGACGCGCGUUGCCAUGGGAAACGGCGCAUCUUGCCUUUCAAAGACCGGCCGCCCUCCCGCAAGCAUAAAGGCGACGCUCAACUCCUUGCCUCGGCGCUCAGUCUCUCACACCUUCACUCCCAACUCCUUGAACGGCUUUCAACUACAUCUAUCACCACCCUCUCCUCUCUCGGACGAUCAUGGCCCCCAAGCGGAGAUGGACGACCAAGAAACGCCGGACGAUUCCGAAGGCAACAUCUAGUGCUGCGAAGACGAAGCCACAUCGAUCUCGCAGCCGCAUGUCGCGGGCUUCUACCCCCUCUGUCGCCUCCGAGGGACGCAUCAAGCAGACUGCAAUUAAGGAGAGGCGUCCGGCGACCAGAAGAUGGUUGUAUGCAGAAGAAGAUUCUGACCUAUCCAACCGGUGGACAACCGUCGACAUUCGGCACGACAGGCAAGCCGAGGCCAUCGCGGAGGCCUUAACGCAGCCCUUGGGCGUUCACAUCCCGUCGUUCGUCCGUAACUUGCGGGCGCACACCGUCCUAGAGGACAUCAAGUCUUGGAACCCGCCGCUGUCAAGGGACGAUGUCUUGGGGGAUGGGGCGAAGGGCGUAGCGACCUCGCUGACGACGGCGGGGAAACUCGUAUGCCUCGCUAUCGACGUGACCUUGGUAUCGGAGGGGUGGCUCACGGAUAGCGCGGCAAGGCCUACGCACGUCUUGCUGUUGGCGGAUGCAGCCUCGCCGGCUCGGGCGUCCAAGCUCUCGGCGUGUCCCAAGGUCUUCGAGAGAGCCACACACGUGGUCU